AACAUUAGUUCAUGAGUCACACUCGCUUGUCUUCUGUUUCCUCUCUGUGCUUUGCAGCCCAACUCAAAAAUGAGCAACUCUGUGCAUAUUCUUCGUGUGAUUGUUCUUCUUCAUUUUGCCCCUCAUACACAGAGCACUGAACCUUUUUACGACAUCACAGACCCAGCGUUUAUCAAAGAGUGCAUCGAAGAACACAACAGACACAGAGCCAAUGUGAAACCUUCUGCCAGCAACAUGAGAUACAUGACAUGGGAUGAGGGUUUGGCAAUAAGUGCACGGGCAUGGGCGAGGAAAUGCGUCUUUAAGCAUAACCCUAAUCUUCAGCAGCCGGGCAAAAUGCAUCCCAUCUUUACACCUGUGGGUGAAAACAUCUGGGCCGGUACCCCAUACACAAAAUUCAAAGUGCAGUCUGCUAUACAGUUAUGGGUGGAUGAAGACAAAUAUUAUAACUACGAUAGCAAUAACUGCUCCUAUGUAUGCGGCCACUACACACAGGUUGUCUGGGCAGACACUUACAAAGUUGGUUGUGCUGCACAAGCAUGUCAGAAUGGUGUUGCUGAAACAAAGUUUUCAACAGUUCCUGGAAUCAUAUUUGUGUGCAACUACGCAACAGCAGGAAACUAUGCUGGUGUGUCUCCUUACAAAAGGGGCAAAUCGUGCAGCAGUUGCAGCACAGAGAUGUGUGAAAAUAACCUCUGUCGAAACUCAACACGGGAUAUCCUAAAGAAAAACUCAACACAAGAUAUCCUGAGGAGUAACUUGGACCCUAAACUCUCAUGCGGUUCAUUCUGUACAUCUCUUCUGGUUAUCAGACCUGUGUCCAUUGUGUUCAUAUUCAUCAGUGUUUUCUGCCUGCAGCAGUAUUAUCCAAAUCUAUUUAUAUAUGAGUAAAAGCAGCAGCUUCACCAAAUCAACCUUCCAGUUCUCCUUUUGUUUGCUUGUACAUUAUUACAAAAAAACAUUAUAAAUUUAGUUAGGGAUAAAUUAUUUGUGCUUCAAAUUUGGUAGAAAACCUCAAAACUUUUAACCUUUCCUUUGAAAUAGUACAAAAUAUAAUGUGAAACCAUACAUUUUUUUUUUUUCAGAUUGAGUGAAAAAAUAUUAAUUUAUCCCUCUGGAAAUGCAGGGUAGCAUUGUGGUAUCUGUUGUUAUAUUCUGCACAUGCUGACAAUAAUGGGGACAUACUGUAAUGAUAUCAAUUUAAGACUUUGUACAGCACACAACAAUAUUUUUUUUUUUUAUGGCUGGUUUCUUUUUCGAGGGAAUAAAAGCUUUUUGGCGCUCCUCUUGCCUCUUUGAUAAAGCUUCAGCCUGUUUCACCUUUAGACAAAAUAUGAAAACAUAAAUAAAUGAAUAAUAAUAACAAUGAGUGAAUCAGUUA